AUGACUCAACCUCAUCUGAAUGAGUUCAUUCCUCCCCCGGAGUGUCCUGUUUUUGAGCCCAGCUGGGAGGAAUUUGCGGACCCUUUUGCGUACAUCAACAAAAUACGACCCAUUGCGGAGAAAACUGGCAUCUGUAAAGUCCGACCACCACCGGAAUGGCAGCCACCAUUUGCCUGUGAUGUUGAAAGAUUGAAAUUCACACCAAGAAUUCAAAGGCUCAACGAGUUGGAGGCACAGACGAGAGUGAAGCUCAACUUUCUGGAUCAAAUAGCAAAAUUUUGGGAGCUUCAAGGAUGUACUCUAAAAAUCCCUCAUUUGGAAAGAAAGAGUUUGGAUCUCUACCAACUCAACAAGCUGGUUAAUGAGGAGGGAGGCUUUGAUGCCGUCUGCAGAGAGCGGCGCUGGACUAAAAUCUCUGUCAAGAUGGGCUUUGCUCCAGGCAAGGCAGUCGGCUCCCAUCUGCGGGCGCACUAUGAGCGGAUCCUCUACCCAUACAAUCUAUUCCAGACUGGAGACAAUCAGCCUAGAGCCACCUUGACUAAUGACACUAAGGAUAAGGUGUACACCCCUCAUGACCUGCCGCAGCGCCAGUCUGUACAGCCCCUUGAGAGCUGUAGCAUAGCUCGACGUGCAAAACGGAUGAGGGCUGAAAGAAGCUGCGUUAAAAGCGAAGCUGGGCAAGUUCGCAUGAAUCGUCCCAAUCUCAGGAGGAGAAUGGGAACAUAUGCUGCCAAGCAAGAGCCUGUGAGCAUGUUGAUGAAAGAAGAGCCUAUUGAAUAUGAAGUUACUGAAGGUUGUGAAGAAAUUAUGUUAAAUAACAUUAAAAAUGGUACUACGGCUAAAGUGGAGCAAUACAUGUGCCUGGUGUGUCACACUGGAAAUGACGAGGAUCGUCUGUUGUUGUGUGAUGGCUGUGAUGACAGUUAUCAUAUCUUCUGUCUCAUCCCCCCGCUACACGAGGUUCCCAAAGGAGACUGGAGAUGCCCCAAGUGCCUCGCGCAGGAAUGCGGCAAACCUCAGGUGGCUUUUGGCUUUGAGCAGGCUAGCAGGAGCUACACCCUGCAAACCUUUGGAGAUAUGGCCGAUUCCUUUAAAUCAGAUUAUUUUAACAUGCCAGUUCAUAUGGUUCCAACUGAGCUGGUAGAGAAGGAGUUUUGGCGCCUAGUCAGCACCAUCGAGGAGGAUGUGACUGUAGAAUAUGGGGCAGACAUUGCCUCCAAGGAGUUUGGGAGUGGUUUCCCUGUGAAGAACAGCCAUUUUGAAGUGUCUCCUGAGAAUGAGCAUUACCUAACAAGUGGCUGGAAUCUUAACAACAUGCCUGUGCUGGAUGCCUCGGUGCUGACUCACAUUACAGCUGACAUCUGUGGGAUGAAGUUACCCUGGCUCUAUGUGGGCAUGUGUUUCUCCUCCUUCUGCUGGCAUAUUGAGGACCAUUGGAGCUACUCUAUCAACUACCUUCACUGGGGUGAGCCAAAGACCUGGUAUGGAGCGCCAGGUUACGCUGCAGAGCACUUAGAAGGGGUGAUGAAGAAACUAGCUCCUGAACUCUUUGAGUCACAGCCAGAUCUCCUUCAUCAGCUCGUCACCAUCAUGAAUCCUAACACGCUGAUGAACAACGGCGUUCCGAUCUAUCGCACAAACCAAUGCGCAGGAGAAUUUGUCAUCACCUUUCCCAGAGCAUACCACAGUGGAUUCAACCAAGGUUUCAACUUUGCUGAAGCAGUCAACUUUUGCACCAUGGACUGGAUGCCUGUCGGCAGAGGCUGUGUGACACACUAUCGCCAAUUGAAUCGGUAUUGCGUCUUCUCACACGACGAGAUGGUCUGCAACAUGGCCUUCAAAGCGAAAACGCUGGAUGUGGAACUGGCCUCUGCUGUGCACAAAGAAAUGGCUGCCAUGGUCCAAGAAGAAGAGGAACUUCGAGAGAAGAUCAACAAGAUGGGUGUGGUGCGUACACGGCAAGUAGAUUAUGAGCUACUCCCCGAUGAGGAGCGCCAGUGCUGCAAAUGCUGGACCACCUGCUACCUCUCAGGCAUCACUUGUGCCUGCAGUCCUGGCAAGGUGGUCUGCUUGUACCACGCCCAGAAUCUGUGUUCCUGUCCACUUAGCAACCUAGUUCUCCAUUACAAAUUUACACUGGAUGAGUUAUACCCCAUGAUGGAAGCGGUGAAGCAGCGUGCAGAGUCCUAUAAGGAGUGGCUUUGUGCUGUCCAGGGCAUUCUUGAGAAGAAGGAAAACAAAAAAAGAGGUCUGGAAGAACUUCACAGUCUAGUGGAGCAGGCAGAGACAAAAGGAUUCCCACAAACCACCCUCUUGGACCAACUGCGAGUUGUUGCUGCAGAAGCUGACAAAGUAGCUGUUGUGGCUCAACAACUUCUCAAUGGGAAGAGGCAGACGAGGUAUCGCUCUUGUGGGGGCAAGUCUCAAAGCCAGAACGAGUUGACUGUGGAAGAGCUGCGGUCUUUUGUUCAACAGUUGGACAACCUGCCAUGCAACAUUAGACAGGCACCUUUACUGAAGGACUUAUUGACUCGGGUUGAUGACUUCCAGCAACGCAGCGAAAGGCUCCUCUCCGAUGAGUCGCCUAACUCGGUCGAGCUUCAAGAACUGCUGGAUCUGAGCUUGGGGCUGGACGUGGAGUUGCCCCAGUUGCCUCGACUCCGGGAACGGUUGGAACAGGCCCGCUGGCUGGAGACCGUGAAGCAAGCCAACAGCAGGCCGGAUGACCUUUGCCUGGACACCAUGAGGAGGCUGAUCGAUCAGGGGGUGGGUUUAGCCCCUCACAGCUCGGUGGAAAGAGCCAUGGCUCGUCUGCAGGAACUCCUAACUGUAUCGGAGCAGUUGGAAGAGCGAAUGCUCAGCCUAAUGAAUGCCAGGCCGUAUCACAGUGUCGAAACACUAGACACUGCCUUACAAGAAAUGGAAAACAUCCCCGCUUAUCUGCCGAACUGCCUGCAGGUGAAGGACACUGUGGUCAGGGCCAAAAAUUGGCUGCAUGAAGCUGAAACCCUCCAGCUUGGGGGGCGUAUACCUGUGUUGGAAAGCCUCUCUGAGCUGGUCCUCAGAGCAGAAGGCAUCCCAGUGAGGCUCGAUCCUCUCAGCAGACUGGAGGCUCUUAUCAGUGACGUGCAGACCUGGAAGGAAAGUGCUGCCAAAACAUUCCUACUGAAAAACUCUCCUUUUUCUCUGUUGGAGGUACUGUGUCCGAGAUGUGAUGUAGGAGCUGGGCUUCCCAGGUCAAGAUAUAAAAAACCUAAAGAGGGAACACAGAUCAAUAAGAGAUCAUCUGUAAAGUUGGACUCUGUGUACGACGUGGAAAAAGCUCUUUCUGAAAGCAAAAACUCUGCCUCUGCUAUGGCCACUCUUGAUGACGUCCGCGACAAGGAGAUGGAUACCUUGUUGGCUCUGAGGGUUUCAAACGAGUCCAAGAUUCUUCCUACUGAGAACUAUUGUGCACUUAGUGUUUGUGUUUGCCUAAAGGCGCCUUCGGGGGCCAUGGUGCAGUGCGAGCUCUGUCGCGAGCUUUUUCACAGCGGGUGCGUCUUAGCAACCGCAGACCUCAAAUAUGGGCAAGUCUGGCUUUGCCCUUUUUGCCAGCGUUCAAGAAAGCCACCACUGGACAAGGUCUUACCCCUACUGGCGUCACUGCAAAGGAUUCGGGUCCGAUUGCCCGAGGGAGACGCACUACGCUUCCUCAUCGAGCGGACGGUCCAGUGGCAGCACAGAGUUCAGCAGGCCUGUACAGAUGGACUGCUAGAGGAAGUGUCAAGGAUGGGGAAAAGCAGAUCCAAAAUAUCACAUAAAUGUGGCUGGUCUUUUCAUACGGAACACCAGUGUGUGCCAUUCCAGGGACUUAGCCCUGAGAUAGAAGAGCUUAUGGUGGAAGGGUUCCUACUGCAAGUCACACUUCCAGAGACCGAGCAGCUCUACACUUACCUGCUAUACAAAUUGGCUCCCCUGCCCGCUCAGAAAUCCCCAUGUAGAAAAAGCACAGAUGACGACGAGCUUCAGACAGACAGCACAAGACACCGCAAAAAGAGCGGAAGCUCGAGCCACAAAGAAGCGCAGAGCAUUCAUAGCAAAAGGACCAAACGACGCAAGGAAAGCUGUGAUUCUCAGCAUUCCGGGAAGGCCAAGAAAUGCUGCAAGAAGAAGUCAAAGAGGAGACGGAGUGAAGAAAGUAGAAGGAGUUGCUCCCCGCCACACGCCGUGUCAGAACCUGCUGCAUCUGAUUCGGAUGAGGACUACUCACUGUGCGCUGCGCCUUGGUGCAGAGAGCCAGAAGGAGACGAGUUAAACUGGGUCCAGUGUGAUGGCAGCUGCAAUCAGUGGUUCCACCAGGUCUGCGUGGGUCUGUCUGCUGAGCGUGCGGAGAUGGAGGACUAUAUUUGCAUAAGCUGCACACAGCCAGACUUUGACAGAGGGGACUGA